UUCUAACAACGAAUCUCGGAUGACCAAUCUGUGGCCAACAUGGCUCUCUAGUAAUAGUAGCAAUGCCUUCAUUGUAAGUCAAUGUUCAUGUUCCCUUAACUGGGGCCAGCAAAGUUCAUGUUCCCUUAACUGGGGCCGGCUUUCCAGGCAUACAAGUGUUUGUGUUCAGUCAUAGUUAAUGUUGGUUUUCCUUGGUUUCAUACAAAUUGUAGUUAAAAAUAUUUCUUUUUUUCUAGAAAUCAAGAUGGCACAUGAGAUACAUUUAAAGAACAAAAAAUACCGGCAGUGGGUUAAGGCUGGCCUAGGCUUGGGUUAUCUUAAAGAGGGACUUGCGCCAUUUUGUGAUGACAUAGGAAGACAGCAGCACAACUAUAUUAUAAACCAAAUACAACAAACAAAGACUCCUCAACCAAAUGUACCGUGUGGAGUCUGUCAGAUAACAACUCUCCAGCCAGACCAUGUUCGAGUCUCAAAAGGGAUAUGUCCCCUCAAGCAAGAUAAAUGUAACUGUUGCUUUCCAAAUAAUAAGAAACCAUGUCCAAACAAUGUAUGUGGUGCCAUCUAUGACAGCAUUAUACAGAAUCAUGCGUCAAUACCACCGGCACCUUUUUGGAAAAACAGUGAUGUCCAACAGUGGUCAACAGACCUGUGGAGUAUUAGUAAAUGUUUUAUUAAUGCUCCUGGGUACAAGGACAAACCAUCAGCAGUCGAUACCGACUGCACAGGGUUGCUUCAUGUUAUCAUAAAUAACACAUAUUUUCAUAGUCAUAUUGGAUGCAAUAUUACAGGACCAAACAAUCUUUUUUCAAAGGUACGGCAGUAUCGAAAUGAGAUUUUUCACUCAAGCAAUAUGGAGUUAGAGGAGAGUAAGGCUAAUUGUUAUAUUGAUGACAUGAUAGCUGUUCUACAAGAUGGUAAGGAGCUUGUACAUCGACAAGAUGCACAACAAGCUGUUGUGAAACUCCAAGAUUUGAAGAAGAAAAAUUUCAUUAUUACCACUGAAGGCUUUGAAGAUAUCCUGAGAGAAAUCAAAGACGAAAUGUCAAAAGUUCUAAAAUCAACAGAAAAUUCUGCAACUAAAGAUGAAUAUGAUGAUCUGAAGAAGAAGCUAAUAGAACUUGAAACCAAAAUGUCUGACGAACAGAAGGGAAAACUGGAAAAUGAAAAAGAACUUGCAGAACUAAAGAAAACAAUUACUGACCUGAAGAAGAAGCUAUUAGAACUUGAAACCAAAAUGUCCAAAGUAAACGACGAAAAUCUUGAGAAUGCAGAAUUGAAAAAGAAACUUGGAGUCUUGGAGACUCUUGUUUCAGAACAGAAAGAGGAGAUGGCAAAUAUUAAGACAGAAACUUCCUCAGGUCAAAGUCAGGCAGAGUAUGAUCAAGCCAAGUUAGGUUGUCGUACUCAAUUGAUAGAACAUUAUCGCAGUGAUGUACUUAAAGUAUCAGCAAUACCUUUACAACCAGAUGAGGAAAAUUAUAACUUCAGUGACGUUUAUAUAAGACCCACUAUAACAAACAAGAUAGAAAAGAACAGAGGGGAGUCUGAGGAAAAUGAAAUACAGUCCAUGUCAGAGAUUUUCACAAAGAAUGGGGAUCCACAGAAAUUUAUUUACGUUGUUGGAGAUGCAGGGUCUGGUAAGAGUAGUUUCUGUAAAUAUUUGAUCAACUGUUGGUGUAUGGCACACAGUGAUGGACACAAUGACGAUGAUGAAUUUGAUGGAGUCAAGGAAAUGAAGAAAUUUGAUUUCAUGUUUUAUAUUUCUCUUAGACAUAACAUUAAGAUCCGAAGUGUCAAAGAAAUGCUUGAAAUGCGAUAUGAUAAGAUAAAAAAUUUAAGUAAAAUUCUGGAAAAUGAUUCUGAAAAGAUAAUUAUUUUGCUUGAUGGUUUAGAUGAAUGGUCUUUUGACAGUGAGACUAGGAAUGAGUUCCAGGCAGGCCUUCCUGAACGUGACUUUACAAAGAAAUACACAAUUGUUACUACAUCACGGCCAUGGAAAAUUCACAGUUUGAGAGUAAGUAAUAGAGAGAUUCAUCAAUUAUUGAAAUUAAAAGGGUUUGAUGAAACACAUGAAAAAGAAAUGAUUGAGAAAACAAUAACAGCAUUGAACGAAUCAUUAGAUCCAAGUGUGUGUGAAAAAGAGCUUGGGAUACCGUCUGUGGUUGGCCUGAAACAGGUACCAAUUAUGCUGCAGCAAUUAAUAUGUCUAUGGUGUGAUGGUAAACUAGAUAAAACAUCAAGGUGUGCUAUUUAUACUGGUAUGUUAGAACUUUAUUUCACCUGGAAUAUCAAUAAAACUUUAUGCAAUAAUACAGAAUGUAUGGAAAGUUCUCAGAAUGUUGAACUCCCUCAGUAUUUAACAGAUGUAGAGAUAUGUAGAUUAAAUAGUAAUCUUAUAUAUGGUGUGUCACGCUUGGCUUAUCAGACACUGUUCAAUUAUCCAAAGGAUAAGUCCUUAACAUUUGACAAAUCUGUUUUUGAUGAUUUGAAAAUAUCACAUGAAGUGCGUGAAAAUUGUCUGAAACUGGGGAUUUUGACAGAAGAAAAAUGUCCUUCUCUAUCUGUAUCCAAGCCUAAAAGCUCAUUGUUCUCUUUCAUUCACAAAUCAAUGCAAGAAUUUCUGGCUGCAGUGAACAUUGGUAUCAAUUUUAAGAUAAGAAUAAGUUUGUCAGAUAGUACACAAACAGAAAAUGUUGAUUUGCAAAGCCAGUGCAUUCAGUUUGUUAAUGAGGCUUUUCAGAAAUGUUCAACAGUAAAUGACAUAUUAGAGCAGUCAAAUGUUGUCAUAAUGCUAUGUGGUCUUGAACCUAGAUUAGCAACACAUGUUUCAAAAUACAUAUAUGAUACUGUGUCAAAAGACUCUCGUGUUCAGGAAUACAGGAGAACAAUAAAUAGGAAGUGGGAUAUGAAUCAUUGUUGUAUUACUGAUAUUCAAAAGCUUAUGUUUGAGUCGAUGGAAGAAUUAAAUGCAACUUGUAGUAUAGGAAGUAAUACUGUAAUUUAUAUAGGAGAUAUUGCCAUGGAUAGUCGGAAUCAGUAUUGUGAUAUUGUUUGUACAGGUAUUGAUCAGAAACAAAUUGCUCCUGAUUCUGUUCUGUCUAUUUAUGUAGAUGACAUCUACACAGAAAAUGUUAAAUUUACAAAAUAUUUACCAAUGUUUCAUCAUCUUGAAAAAAUUGCAAUAAUAUAUGAAACUGAAUUACAAAGGUUUUUAAGAACACAAAGUGAUAGUACACCGAGAAAUAAACAGAUGAUUGAUGAGGUAGACAAUUUUGUUUCUGAGACAAUUAAAGUAAACACUUUAACAUUAAAAUCCCUGAUGCUUGAAGGUACCAAUUACACCGACAAGCAGUGUUACCCUGUGUAUAAAAAUGCUGUAAGUUAUCUACCUAGUAUGAUCAAUCUUGUAGCAAUAAGUAUGAGUUUUAUAACAAUAAGUCAUGAUGAUACAGCUACAUUCUGUAAUUUUCUUGAGAGAACCAGUCAUCUUGAACAAAUACAUCUUGAGAAUUUUGAAUGUGUGUGUAUAAAGCAGCAUGAUGUAAAUUUAUCAAAACAUCAAAAACUUCAGUACCUUGAUUUAUGUAAGACUGUUAGUGUGAUAGAUGCUGAUACUACAAGCCUUGAAAUAUUUAUAUUUGAUAAAUUGAAAAUUAGUAAUUAUGAUAAAAUAUUUGAUAUUAUAAGAAAAUCUAACAAAUUAAAAAAGCUUGUAUUGCAAGGAGAUUAUAGCAAUGAAUCUCAAUUAUAUCAUACCAACAUAACAAAGAGACUAGUUACAGUAUUACCAUUGUUACACAAUCUCAGUAAGCUUGACUUAUAUUGGUGUAGGUUUACUGACAAUAUAAUACAGUUACCUUUAGAGAUGAAGAGUUUAAAGCGCAUUAGGCUUAGUAAUGUCAUAAUGAGUUUGACAACAUGGCAGAAGUUUGUUGAUAGUCUUCCUAUGUUUCCUCAUACUGUAGAUGUGUUUGUAGGUCAAGGUUAUAUAACAGGAGAUGGUGAGGAGUUUGAUGUUGAUCGGUCAAUAUGGAUAUUACAAGAACUUAACGGAGGUAAGGGAAGGGAUGCUGAACAAUAUGUAAAAGAUAAGGAUGAGUUAUUUCAUGUUAAAGAUGAUGAUUUUUGGUUUGAAUUUUCAACAAAAAAGGGAUAAAGUAUCCAAGUACAUGUUGUUAACAUAGCAACUAAAUUAUUGCAUGUUAAAAGAGAUGAUAAAUGUGUUGUUGUUGUUGUUGUUUUUCUAAAUGUUUUGAAAUUUUAACAUAGAAGAGACAUUCAAAUUUUCAAUAAAAAAGUGAUGAAUUAUCCAUGUAGUUACAAAUUGUUUGAAAUUAAAGUUGUUGUUGUUGUUUCUUUUUUCAUUUUCAACAGAAAAAUAAUGUUUAAAUUUUUAACAUAGUGAGAGAGAAUACAUGCGGUUAACAAAGUGUUUAAUCUUACUUAUUUAAUUUUAAAAUUUGUUUCUUUAUAGUUUCAUCAAAAAAUGUGAUACUAAAAACAAGUAAUUAAUAUCUUGUUGUAAAGCAACAUGAUAAAUAUAAUGCAUUAUGAUAACAAUCACCAAAAAACAGUUCAUUAAAUAUUGAUUUCUGGUCAUGUUACAAAAGUAUUUAUAAUAUUGAAAUUGAAGAAAAUAAUAUUCAAAUUGUGUUUAUAAAUAAAUAAAUGAAUUAAAUGCAGUGAAAUAUAAUAGAUAUAUUGAUCUUAAUAAGGGUAAAGCUUAAGGGCUCACCCGGCAGCCAUGUAUUAUGAACUCAAUUAUUAUCAUAUGUUUAUGUUAAUAUAAUGGUAUCAUUAAGAUUAAAGUUUAGGUGUUUUUUGAAAUUUCAUGGAAAAGGUCUAGAUUUACUUAGCUGAUUACAAUUUUUGAGUAUUACUUAUUAAUUAAUUGUUAAUGAUUAUUAAUAGUUGUAUUGCUUACCGGCUGAUGAAACUUUUUAUCACGGUUUUUAUACCAUGUAAACAUAUGUGACACAUAUUUGUAAUCAUGAACUGUUGAUUGAAUGUAUCCUGUUCAUAUGUUAUUAAAUGUUUAUGUCUAUAAGAAUUUAUACAUGCUUGUGUAACUAUACAUACAUUUUAAACAGUUGUAUCUGUUCGAUUUAAAAGCCCAUUAAGCCUUAAAAAAUGCAAUCACUUUCAUUUUACAAAAGCUUUUAUCUUUGUGUCUAAAAUAUUACUCAUUGGCCAUAUAUGUGAGCCAUCUUUUGUUGCUGUUUUUUUUUUUUAAAGCAUUUUACCAACUAGUACAGUUAUGAUA